CAGAUUUGUGUCACAAACAUAAAUACCAUACAUUUAAAUUGUUGUCGACAGCUGUCGACUUGUACGGUUAUUUUAUUGAUAAUACCCAAUUGUCUAUAAUCUUUGUACUCUUAUAAAAAAAAAAAAAAAAUCAAAAUGUAUUAAAUAUGUUAAUCCGACAUAAUAAAAUUGGUUAAUAAUAUCAAGUUGGGAAAUUUUUCGAAAUCGAAUGCCAUUUGAUACUUAGUCUUUAAAGACAGUCGUUAGCAUAGUUUCCCAUAUCGCGGAUCCCAUAUAAAGUCGUGCACGUACUUAUUUGAAUAUAUUUCUAGAUGUUCGUCAACAAUGCUGUUCUUCAAUAAAACAUAAUUUAUGUGUUUAGCUCGUCGUUGCGCCGUGUCAAUGAAAUCAUUUUAACUUAUCGCCAUGUCGGCAACCUCAUCGGUUGAAACACCCACAACACAAAAUCUUCAGAGUAAAACGGCAAUAGUCAUCAGUGAACAAAACGUGCAAUCGCAAUAUGUGAAACGUUCUUUUUCCGUAUCUUUGAGCGUGUCUUCUUCAACUUCAUUAGGAGCCGCUGGGUCGGCAAUCUCUCUAUCAGUAGAUGAGAGAACUGCUGUCAUUGCUCCACCGCAACUACUUUUGCAGUCCUCAUCAUCCUCAACCUCAACAAAUGUGGCAGCCACAAUAGCAGCAGUGCAUCAGCGCAAAUCGUACUCUUUAGAGCAAAAAGAAUCAUCGUUGCGGCAUCAAGUAAAGCCAAACCAACAGCUCGCAAAUAUUUCGCUACCGCUAGCCAUGACUUCGUCAGAAGUUACGCCAUCGUUGACUGGAGCAUCUGUGGCUAUUCUAGGUACCUUAGAGGCUACCUCACGUCAUUGCACCAACGCUACAGGAAAAAUAGCACCGUUGACUUCACAGAAGAUGCACCGAACCAUACCAUCUGAUAAAAUUAACCUACGUUUAAUUCUCGUUAGUGGCAAAACCAAAGAAUUUAUAUUUAAUCCAUCAGAUUCUGCUGGUGAUAUUGCACAAACAGUAUUCGAUAAUUGGCCAACUGAUUGGACGCGUGAAGCCGUUUCUAAGGCUGAAAUUUUACGUUUGAUUUAUCAGGGACGUUUUCUUCAUUGCAAUGUAACGUUAGGAGCGCUGGGACUUCCAUUAGGCAAGACGACUGUUAUGCAUUUAGUGCCUCGUGAUAAUUUGCCUGAACCCAAUUCGCAAGAUCAAAGACAAAAGAGUAAAGGCGGUUCUGGAAGUUGUUGUUCAACAACGUGCUGCAUUUUGUAACUAAUUUUAUAUAUAAAAUAAAUUACUUAAAUGAAUUGAUGAUAAAAGACGAAAAUAGAAAAUAGUUUUUGUGCAGUCAUGAAAAUUAAGGAAUGAAAACAACAAACUGCGUUUUGUUGGAAAUAUUAUUGUAUAUAAGGAAUAUAUUUUAUUUAUGCGAACUAUAAAUACGGGUAUUUGUAAGCAGAAGCUAAAUGCAAAAUGCUUAUUAUGUUCUACGCUGUAAUAGUCUGCAUUAAAACGUAUAAAAUGUAAAAUAUUACUACAAUACAAUAUAUGUUGAUCAAUCUUUACUGUAAACUUAACUGAAAAAAGAAAAGAUCUUUAUGCACUAACUAAACAAUAUGUAGAAAUAAGAUAAUUAAACCAAAUUUACCCAGGUCCUAAUAUUAUCAGUUUGUUUUUAUACCCUUUUUGAUUUUGGUCAAGUGUUUGCAAUGAACAAAAGGCUACACAUCCGACCUCACAACAUUGUAUAUAAAUAUAAUCCUUACCAGCUUAAACAUAAGAGCGAUAAAGCUAUGGCAAUCUGUCUGUACUUUAAUCCUCUUGCCUGUUUUUAUAUGUACUAGACUUGGCAGAGACUACUGUAUUUUGGCUGCAGGCUUCAUAACCUCCAAGAUCCAGGACAUCCAAAAUAUAACUACAUUUCGUUUUUUAUAUAUAUUGACAAGGCAGUAAGAUUUUUGGAAACAGAAUCAUCUACUUGCCGUAGAAACUUUCGGUUGCGUUUUUUUUUUUGUGAAGUUUUCUAUUUCUACCCCACGAGGUAUACAUAUAUAAGAGCCCUACAUUAAUACCAGGUAUAACCACAUGUAGUAGUGCUUUCGAGAAUUACGCAUUUUUAAUUUAGCCACACUGGGACCUCCCCGAGUCACAAAUAAAAAUAGCUAGUAUGUCUCUGAAAACACUCAAAACGUGUUUUUGCGUGGACAUUAGUGUUGCGCUUAUUUAUAAAAGUUUAAUUUUCAAAGGUCUCAGGGUAUAAAAAUGUUUCUUUUGUUAUAAACCAAUAAAAUAUAAAGUUUCAGUCUGAUUCGACAACAUUUAGAGGCGACUUGAGGUCAAAGUUCAAAAAUACGAUAUUUGGCCAAUGGUUCCUAUGGCAGCUAUGAUAUAUAUUGCUCUGAUCGGAUUGCAUUUUUUUUUUGAUAUAGAACAUCAAAAUAAAAUAUAGCCCCCAAAAUUUCAGCCCGAUUGGUUAUCAUUUAAGCCAAAAAUAAAUAGUUAACAUUCAACUUCUCAUACUAAUGUGCAAAUUACACGUGCAGUGUAUUUGUUCAAUAUUGCACUCGCAAAUGCCAUGUCGAUGAUGCAAAUUGAAGAAGACAAGACAUUUCUUGCACUGCAGCGCCAGACCCAAAGACUAGGGCAUUUACUUGGACUAUUAAGUUGAGCGCCAACUAAAGGAUCAAGUCCGAAAGCGAAUUGCGCGAAUUGCUACUGAGAUAGUUUCAUUUAAUGCCGGCAGUAAGAUUAUUAUGUAACAUAUUCUGGAAGUGAGUGCGAAUCCAGCGAUUAUUCGAUGCAUAAUCAUCUGGAAAUGGAAAUUUCGGAUAACGAAACUGAACCGCCUGCAGCGAAAAGAGGCAGGAAAAAUUGGUUUACCCAAAUAGUUUUAUCUUUUUUAGAUAAGUGGACGAUCACUAAUAAUGCAGCCAUGCACUUGAUUUCCGCUAUAGCUGAAGCUUUAGGCCAC